CCCGCGGGGGGCCUCCUAAUGAUCAUCUGCAGCCCUAGCCCUUUGCAUGGGCCCCUUUGGGUCCACUCCAGGGACAACAUCGGAGCUGUAGCCUGGAGACAGAAUGUGACCAACUGGGCAAGGCCUGCAGAAGAGCUCCCAUUGCUCCAGAACUUGUCCUUCUCUCAACAGAACUUCAUAAACGGUCUAGCCUUAAAAAACUGGGUUGAGCAGCCCUGCAUCUGCCACUCUAUUCACUAGAAAUUUAACCUCCCUAGAAAGGGUGAAAGCCCCUACUGACAUGUCUCCAAUGGCCCUUCUCCCCUGCCAGGCUGCAACACCCAUGUCUGUCCCCAGCUCAGCCCCUGGCCUGCAGAACCAGGGACAGGAAAUGGCUCUGGCGGAGCCGGUGAGCUUCGAGGAGGUGGCUGUGUGUUUCUCUGAGGAGGAAUGGGCUCUGCUGGACCUGGGCCAGAGAACCCUCUACGGGGAUGUGAUGCAGGAGAAUUAUGAGGCUGUGAGCUGGCUGGGAUUCCCACUUCGCAAACCUGACCUGAUCGCCCAGCUGGAACGAGGAGAAGAGCCGUGGGUCCCAGAUCUCCAGCCUUCCAAAGAUUUGGAGAUCCAGAGAGACACCCACACAGGUGCUAGGACAGUGAGGGAGAACAAGGAGAAGAAUCGACAGCAGGAAGGGCCUGGCACCGUAAAAUCACAGGGAGCUUUUGUGGAAGGAGCUGAAGGGGAUUUUUCCCAGUGUGUGAAACAGGAAAAAACCUGGGGAAAUCGACACAGGGCAGAAAGCCAACUGGAGAACAAUCCAACAAGGAAAGCGGAGGAAUCCAGUGAAUGUGGAGGAGGAUCCAAGGAUCCCAAGGAAACUACAGCCCAGCAGACCAGUCCCAAUGGAAAGCAACCCUGUGAAUGCUCAGAGUUUGGGAAAAGUUUCAGUGAGAAGUCAGACUGCGUUCUGCCCCAGAGAGGGCACACUGGAGAGAGACUCUGCAAAUGCCUGGAGUGUGGAAAAAGUUUGACUGAACUGUCAUCCUGCAUUGAACAUGAGAUUAUCUCUGUGGGAGAAAAAACCCAUAAAUGCUUUGUGUGUGGGAAAAGCUUCACUUUGAGUUCAUACCUUAGUGGAUAUGAGAGAAUCUGCAUAGGAGAGAGGCCAUGUAAAUGCCAUCAGUGCAGUAACGUUUUCAGUACUCAACCAGUCCUCAUUGGACAUGAGAGAACCCACAGAGGAGAGAGACCAUACAGAUGUCAUGAGCGUGGGAAAGGUUUCAGAAAGCCAUCAGCCCUUAUUGUCCAUGAGAGAACCCACACAGGAGAGAGACCAUAUAAAUGCCAUGAGUGUGGGAAAGUUUUCACUAGUCGGCCAAUCCUCACUAUACAUGAGAGAACUCACACGGGAGAGAGACCAUGCAGAUGUCAUGAGUGUGGCAAAGGUUUCAUUAAACAGUCAGCCCUUACUGUCCAUGAGAGACAGCACACAGGAGAGAGACCAUAUAAAUGCCAUGAGUGUGGGAAAGUUUUCACUAGUCGGCCAAUCCUCACUAUACAUGAGAGAACUCACACGGGAGAGAGACCAUGCAGAUGUCAUGAGUGUGGCAAAGGUUUCAUUAAACAGUCAGCCCUUACUGUCCAUGAGAGACAGCACACAGGAGAGAGACCAUAUAAAUGCCAUGAGUGUGGGAAAGGCUUCACUCAGCAGCCAAUCCUCACUAUACAUGAGAGAACUCACACGGGAGAGAGACCAUGCAGAUGUCAUGAGUGUGGCAAAGGUUUCAUUAAACAGUCAGCCCUUACUGUCCAUGAGAGAACCCACACAGGAGAGAGACCAUAUAAAUGCCAAUGCCAUAAAUGUGGGAAAGGUUUCACUCAGAGAUCAGCUCUUACUAUCCAUGAGAAAACCUACAUGGGAGAGAGACCAUAUAAAUGUUCUGACUGUGGGAAAGAUUUCUCUCGGAGGUCAGCUCUUACUGUCCAUGAGAGAACCCACACAGGAGAGAGACCAUAUAAAUGCCAUGAGUGUGGAAAAGGUUACACUGCACGAUCAGCUCUCAUUAGACAUGAGAAAACCCACAUGGGGGAGUGUCAGCGGGGACACUGGGGUCUGCGAGACCCAACACUGCGGGGCCAGGAGGAGGAUUGUGGAGCAAACUGGGGCUAG